UCCCCAAACGCAUCAUGAGCAGAGGAAGCACGCGCAGUGGGGCUUGGUGGGCAUAAACGGGUCCGGAGCAGCCUGCUGGGACAAGUUUAGAACCGAACCGAACCGGAACCUUAAACUGUGUCUGAGAAGAGAACCGGGAAGAGGAGCGGCUGAUGGUGGGCAGAGGAGAGGAGGAGGCGGCAGGAGGUCAGAACUUCUGUGAUCAACAUGGAGACGGCUGGAUAUCCAGUAGACAUCCAGGCUCAGCAGUGCAGCACGUGUGACGGCGCCUCGGCCUCCUGCUGGUGCGUGGACUGUAGAGAAGCUCUGUGUGACGACUGCUUGGCGGCUCAUCGCAGGGUCACCCUGACCCGAUCCCACCGCGUCCUGAACCACCAGCCUGACGAUCCCAGGGUCAUUUCUCCCACCAAGUUCUGCAGAAUCCACCCAUCUGAGGAGCUGAAGCUGUUCUGCUUCACCUGCUGCCAGCUCACCUGCAGAGACUGUCAGCUGGCCGACCACAAGAACCACAGGUUCGACUUUGUCAGCAAAGCUGUGGAGAGAGUGAAGAAGCAGCUGGACGCCUGCAUGAAGCCCAUCAAGGCCCAGAUAGACGUUUCCAGGAGGAGCCUGCAGGACAUGGAGAUCAGGCUGCAGUCAUUGACUCAGAGCGAGUCCUUCAUGACGCACAAGCUGCAGAGAAGCUUCAUUAAACUGACUGAGCUCCUGAGGCAGAGGUUUGAUGCCAUAAACCAGCAGAUUCAGAACGCCCACAGCUUGGAGCGCAACCUGAUCAACACGAAGAUGGAGAAGGUGAAGCUGCUCCAGGAGAAGACCAUUCCUCUCUCUGAGGCUGCAGAGAAGGCCAGGAGCUCCACCAACCUGCCCAGCCUGGUGGCCUGCAUAUCUCAGAUUACUUCCCAGUUGAAGGACGUUGCAGUGGAGGACUGGUGUCCACCGUCUCAGAUGUUGAAUGUGACGAUCACCACGGACAAAAACUCCGUCCAAGGCAUCCUGAACUUUGGUAAAGUCCACAUCUCCUGGAUCCCCUUCUCCAUCCCCCAACAUGAAACUGCAUCCAGCUCCUCCUCUUCUCUCCUCACCCCUACCUCCAGCAGCGUUCCUGUUUAUGCUUCACCCUCUUUAUCGCAUACAGAUGCCUCUGUCACAUCAUCCAACUUCUCCAACCUGUCGGCAUCCUGUUGUAGCACCAUUCUCCGAACUGGGAGCAGUACUGAUGGUUCUGCACUUCGUCAAACGCCUCCUCCACCCUACUCCUCUUCUACACCUUCCUCCACCUUCAGCAUUUCCAACUCCUCUUCUGAGAUACCCACCGUGGACUUUUUAAAAGAGCUUGAGUCAGUUCUCCAGUCGAGAACUUCAAGUCCUCCUUCCACUAAAUCCAGUCUACCUCCUACCCCCGUUUCCAAGUCUUCCUCUUUAUCCAAACCUAUCUACACUGCGGCCUCCACCACUACAUUAUCCCACCUGGACACCAGCAGUGGUUCCUUGGUUAUUUCCUCUGCAUCUACUGCAGUUCCUCCAACUACCUCCAGCCUUGCUGCUCCAUCAGCCGCAGUCAUUGGAUCCAGAAACCCCAAAUCCAUUCAAAGAAGGAAUCCUUUUCUCUCUAGUCUCCUUCUUGAGCAAAUGCCAUCUUCAUCUGCUCAAACAGCUCCUCCUCCUUCGUUCAAGGGGCCAUCACAAGCUCUCCAUCUCACUACACCUGUCAUGUUACCUUCAUUGCCUUCCUCUACUCUGUUUUUCUCUCCAUGUUCAGAAGUUCUCCCCCAAACCAUUAACACCAAGGGUCCUGGUAGGGUGGAGGAAAAACAGAGUCCAAAAACACCUGAAGAAAUGAAACCAGUCAGGAAACCAGACGGGCCACCCGUCUGUUUGUCUGAAGAACCCACAAAGAGCAUUUCCACCAAAGGUUCCAACUCCACAGUCCGAAUUAACGUUCUAACCAAGUCUCAACUAGAGUCCACUUCAGGGAAACUGUUUGUCAAGUUUCAUUGGAAGAAUAAGAAGGCUGGCACAGACUCUACAAACAUCUCUACUAAGAAAAGAAAAACCCUUCCUUCACCAGAGCAACCUCCCUGCAAGAACCUCCCUGAAGCUACUGUCCAUAGGAAUCCUUUACCCGUGGGCCAUCCACCAACCGUGGGCCAUCCAUCAACCGUGGGCCAUCCACCAACCGUGGGCCAUCCACCAACCGUGGGCCAACCACCAACCGUGGGCCAACCACCAACCUUGGGCCAACCACCAACCGUGGCCCAACCACCAACCGUGGGCCAUCCAUCAACCGUGGGCCAUCCAUCAACCGUGGGCCAACCACCAACCGUGGGCCAUCCAUCAACCGCGGGCCAACCACCAACCGUGGGCCAUCCAUCAACCUUGGGCCAACCACCAACCGUGGGCCAACCACCAACCGUGGGCCAUCCACCAACCGUGGGCCAUCCACCAACCGUGGGCCAUCCACCAACCGUGGGCCAACCACCAACCGUGGGCCAACCACCAACCGUGGGCCAACCACCAACCGUGGGCCAACCACCAACCGUGGGCCAUCCACCAACCGUGGGCCAUCCACCAACCGUGGGCCAUCCACCAACCGCGGGCCAUCCACCAACCGCGGGCCAUCCACCAACCGCGGGCCAUCCACCAACCGCGGGCCAUCCACCAACCGCGGGCCAUCCACCAACCGCGGGCCAUCCACCAACCGCGGGCCAUCCACCAACCGCGGGCCAUCCACCAACCGCGGGCCAUCCACCAACCGCGGGCCAACCACCAACUGUCAGCCAACCUUCACCCGUCGUCCAUCCAGCAACCAUUCCCAUGAUUUUGACAACUGGCAAGGCUUCUACCCUCAUCCGGCCUUCAACCUCCAUUUCUCUCCUUCCGUCUUUCACCUGCUCUACAUCUUCCAGUUAUCUCAUCUUGCCCCAGGUGAUUUCUACCGCAGCUCAGUCUGCCAGUGUUCAGCCAAUAAGCUCAGUACCUCUGGUGACGACUCCUUUACUAUCUAACGCUCCCAUCAGUGCGGUCCAGCCAAUACUGACCCUGAACCAACAAGUUGUUCCCACUCAGAACCAGUCUCAUGUACUGCUGUUGACCAACUCAAACUCCCUGUACCCGGUGUUUGACUCCAAUAUCAGACUUUCCUCGGACUUGACCCAACUUCCAGGGCUUCAGAGCAGCACCCUUACAGUUGAGGAAGGCUGUGGGAGUUCAAAGGAUGCUUCAGUUCUUGUUAGUCCUCAAUUACUUCCCUCUGUUGGGCGGAGUCUUCCAACUCCAGAAAUCUGUCCUGACUCAAGCAACCAGCACCUCUCAGACCAACACCUCGCCUCUAGAGUUGGACCUGUUUCUCUCAACCUGAACAACCGGCAGCAGAAUCCUGACUUCAAGGAGAACCCUUGUCCAUCUCUGGUCUGUCCCAGAGAUGGACAGCAGGGACCAGAAGCAAGCAAACUGAUCACCGGUGGGUCUGAUCUGACCCGUAAUGGGACAACUGAUGAAAACAGACAGAACCCGAGACCCGAACCAGAGAGCCGACAAGUAGCAGAUUCAUUAGAAAGAGCGGACUCUGUGACCAGAAGCUCGUCACCGUAG